AUGCUUUGCGCAGUUGCCGCCGUCGGACUCUCAGAAGCUCAGCUAGCGAUUGUCAGCACCGACCCCACACUGCCAUUACUGGAUGUUCCCUUUUGCGCGGUGCUAUCUUCAGAGGGCCGAGGCAACUCGCUCUUCGUAUCGUCACGCCCUAGCUGCACGACGACUCUGGCAACCGCAAGCAGCGGCUGCAGAACGAGUGGCUGGUUUGCCUUUAAUGUGACGAGCGCCUCGGUAGGUGUUGACUUGAGAGCUCCUGUGGUUUCUGUUCCAGAGACAUACUGGUGUUAUCGAAACAGCGGUGACCGAGGGGUGUUGGUGGACCCGCUGCAGAUGAACGUGAUGCAGACCAUUCCUAUGCGCUACAUUACAGAUGAACUUGUCACGAUGACGUUCAAUACCGCCACACCGGUUGGCUCAACUAUUGCCUUUUAUUAUGCGGAUGGAGAGUGCAGGACACCGAUCAUUGGCUACGGAAAAUUCGUACUGGGGGAAAGCCGAACACUUCAGUUGAAAAUUGGAGCUGCCAACGUGGGUGUGUGCGCCAUGGUGGAAUCCACUGUGAGUGGGGGCACUAAUACGUUCAUGACGUUGCGCAACACGCUCUUUGGCGGGCCUCCAGUAAUCGUAACUCCCAACUAUGGUGGUCGCGAUUCGGUCGUCACAAUUAAUCCCAACAGUUACCUCAUCUACUACUGCGCUCUAUCCCGCAGCAGGACCUGCAGUGAUUUGCCAAAUCCGGCCAUACCGCAAGUUGACAAAACUGGCGCUCUUAUUCUUAACAUCACGCAGCCUCUUGGCGAGUACUAUUUCUGCGUUGCAGAGGGCAGAAGACUGUAUUACGCAGCAGCGAAUAUGUUCAGCGUAAUCGAGUAUGGCGUCCGACCGGCCUUUGCCUACGCGCAGCUGCCCACAAGAGUUUAUCCUUCCCUCAGCGCAAUGAGCAACAUGCAGGUGGCGCUUUUCUCUUCGCAGAGUUGCAGCGGCACUGCUGUGGAGGACUGGUCGAAUUUUGCGGAUGCGUUGUGGAGAAUUCAAGCUACAGGGACGUACUACGCGUGUGUGCGCCAGUCUCCGUCGUCGAAUGGGUACUAUGCAAACACAUUACUGGUGGCUCCAAAGCCAGCUGUGACAACUGAACAGUCCGUUGUGGUACGAAAUUUUGGGUUAUCUCUGACGUUUUCCCUGUCUUCUACGGAGAAGUCUUCCGCGGAGUUCAUCAUCAGACUAUCAAACGACAAGGAAUGCAUCUCGUUUUAUCGAAGCGCCUCAGUAACGGAUGGCAUGACUGCGAGUUUCGCGAUCGAUGAGAAUGCUGCGGACACGUUGUACUGGUGCUUAUCGAACCCCAUCACCAGCGGCACGGCUGACAACGGCGGAACAAAGGUGGUGGCGUACGCCUUUGUUGGCUCAAUUCCAGUGCGUGAUUUUCAGCUGAACUACGGUCCGCUGCACAUCAAUUCUACGGUCACUAUUUCCCUAGACACUGUAGAGACUCUGCCAAGUGGAGUGUCCGUGGCUUUCGUGCCUGCACCGAGGUACACGUGUGCGGACGUGACAGGAGCGGCGAAAUCUGCUGCUGUGAUGGCGACUGUGACGAAGAACAACACGUUGACUGACGUGAUCUUUCCUUCGGAGGGGCAGUGGAUGAUGUGUGCGUCGUUAAAAGGAAGCAGCAAUCCAUAUUCAAGGAUGCAAAGUGUGCACGUUUACGGCGACGCAACGGUGUGGUCACGCGAGAUUAUUCCUCAGAUGGAGACUGCGUUUACGAUAGGCAAUCUCCAGCCACUUCAGUCCGUAUUUUUAACAGACGACAUGCACUGUUCGAGUGUGGCAAACAUAUUGGUGUCAGGCGUGACAGACAGCAACGGCGCAGUGACUUUAACAAUGAAGAAAAAAAAUAUUCCAACGGUAGUCGUGUGUGCAUCCUACCGUGGAAUGCAAGAUGGAACAGCCUCCGCAGCUGUAACAAAGAAAGUGGCCUAUGCCGCGAGCACCAGUACACAAGUGUUUCCUACCGUCAUUGAGCUAUAUAGAAGAAAACAGCAGCUGCGAGUUGUGGGUGGUGGCGCACAUACUGUGGUAAACAAGGCAGUGCAUUUAACGUCUGCUGACAUCGCCUGUCCACUGUCCAUGACAGUGCCCAAUUUUGCUACAGUACUUCCUGCACUGCAGAGAGGCAGUGACGCGGACGUCCCUGUCACGACGCUGACGCUGAAUGACAACAUGAUGGACACCCGAUACCGCGUGUGUGUUGAGACAAGCAACACGUACGAAGAUGCCGGCACUAUCACAAUCACGCGUGUUUCGCUAACAGCAACCAUCACGUCCAAGAACGUCUCAUUUGUGGCUGGCCAGCUGGCUUCUUUGACGUUCCCUGCUGAUUACACGAGUGUUGCGUUGGUGGACAGCUUCGUGGUGGUGAGCGAGAUUGUGGACUGCACAAGUGAUAUAGGAAGUGUUACAAUGUACGCCAGUGGGAUUAUUAACGCGAGUAGCGGCGCAGCAGAUAUGUUUAUUGCACCGACUCCCCCCGGAAGUACGACGAUGAACCUGCGCGUGUGCGUUGCCCAACAGAGUUGCCUGCUGAACAACACCUUCGGCUACGUGGAUGGUGGUUUGCUGACCUCCAACGCUUUCACUGCGGUGAGCAAGUACGCACUGAGCAGUCUGAACGGCGGAGUGGCGGGGUGGCCGGUGCUGAGCUACGCUGCACUCUACCUGGUGAAGUGCUUCGGCGCGGCGUGCGGUGCAAACGCUGCCUCCAUGACUUGCAGCAGCGCGUGGCCGCAGUACCCCGUCAGCGAAAGGACGAAUGUCACUGCGAGACCCAGCCGUGGAACGUUCCUACUGUGCCAGAGCGUUUCGACAGCUUCCGCAACAAGGGUGGUAGGCUCCAACUCGACUGUCGAGGUGAUAGAUCCGUUUUCCAUGUCCUUCACAGAAAAUCUCACUCAGCUUGAGGCUUUCGUGAACUUUAGCGCCACUGUGUCGGGUGGCAACGGAGAGAGUGUGGAGGUGGUUGUGCAGCCCCUUUCCGUGCCCUGCGGCACCACAGCAGCCGAGUCGCAGUCCUUCACGUUUAUCCCCAACGUUCAGCGGACUUUGGCGGUCACGGACAUCGCUGGCUCUGAGGCGAUUCAUUUCUGCGCGAAGCCAAGCAGCCAAUACGCGGACGCCUUCGAGGUGAUGACGACAACACUGGUGAGCUUUGUGAGUCCCACGUACAUUUUGUUUUCAUCCACGAGCAGCGCCUCUACCGUCACCAUCACACUGGCCGGUACCGUCAGCCAGCAAGGGAUGCUAACACGAGAACGCGACUGCAACGUCAGCAUUCUGGGCGGUUCAGUGACAGACUCGGUGGACGGUGCUUUCACUUUUACAGUUCCUCCGUGCGACGCCAACGGUAAUCUGAGCACGGUGCACUUCUGUGACGUGUCCUUGGGCGUCGCCACGUAUCGCGGAUCACUGCUGAUGCUGCGCGGCGAUAACUGCUCCGCGAACGACGGCACGGCGUCCAUUAAGGCCGUUUCAGUGGUUGCCAAUACGCCCAUCACCGACUUUGGCGUGAAUACAAAGUACCUCGCGGUCUCCGGGAUUUCAAAGAAGGCUGAUUGCAGUUCAAAGAUCCAGACGAGCGUGGCAGAGGCCGGCUACAUGCCGAGCGUGGGCGAGAACGCCGUCUUCUACGUGUGUACAUAUCUAGUUGGAGCCCCAACGGUGGCGUUUACGACGCAGAAAGCGACACUGACGGUGCAAAACUACCGCGUGACGCCCACUGCAGCCCUCAGUCCGCUUAUCCUCAUCAACAGCGGAAUUGAACGCGUUCUGAUGACGCUAAACACUCCCCUGCCACCGGGUUACACCUUCUUUAGUGGUGGGGUCGGCUGCGCGAACAACAUCGGCGAUGCCCCAGGCUUCAACACGUCCGCUGCAAGCACCGUCUACAGCCACGCCAACCUCUGCGGAACGGUCUCGGUGUGCUGGCAGGGUGUGUGGACCAACACGUCGGUCGCCGUCGCACAGUUCGCAUCGGUGACCACGCCACACUUACAAAGCUCAACCGUGGCCGUCGUGCGCGGCGCCUCUUACAGCGCGACCUUCUCCAGCGACAGCUGCAGCCUUGAUACCACCACGGCAACAUCGUCCGCAGGGGAGAGGCAAGUGUACCUAUCGGCAGAUCAAUGCGCGUCCGUGUUGGAUGGGACAGGUGCGGGACUCGACUCACUGAAUUUCACGACAAGUGUGUCCAGCAGCGUGAUGACAGGCCUAUCGACGGCGAGCCUGUGCGCCAGCACGAGCGCGGGCAUGGCUAUCGUUCUUGCGGGCGUGCCUGUGGCGCGCGGCCAGGUGUACCCCGCUUCCCUCACCACUGGCAUGGCAGAAGCGAGUAUUUUUAUCCCCAGCUUCGCACGCACAGCCUUCUGGUUAACCGCAAGGGACACUAGUUGCAGCGCCACAAAUGCGCAGACGCUGGCGCCGCUAGGCUUCACGACGGACGCAAGCGGCUACGGGACGCUAAGUAUUGUGUCAGCAAACGAGCUGCCAUUGCCAGUGGGCGACUACUUCCUCUGCUACUCUUCUACCAGGUCUGCUGUGUCCCUCGAGAAGAUCAGCGUGGUUGCCCCAACUUUCUUUGAUGUGCGUGGCACGUCGUUCGUCACGGGUGUAUCGAGCAAGAUUAUGAUGCAGAAAGACCUGCAGACGUCCCACCUUCUUGAAGGCUUCAGCACCACCACCGACUGCAGUGCGCUUUCGACGGCGUACGGCUCGUGGACGCGGGUCUCCGAUACCGCCAUCGAGGUCACCGCCACGCGGCCGUCGAACAGCGGCACGUACUUGUGCGCCCGGGUGCCGCUGAACCUCUCCGUGUCGGCUCUGCCGAAUGCGUGGUCGAUCAUUGCGCGGAACCUUUCGUUUGCACCGUCUGUCCUCGUCCUCCCCCCUGCCGGCUUUGACAUGUGCACCGACUACACGCUGCAGAAUUGCACCGCCCCCAACGGAGGUGGUGAUGACCAGACCAACCGGCUGACAGUGGUGCCUGGAGACUGCUGCAGCAGCAGUGACGAAGCGAACGCUGUGGGCGUGGGCAGCAUGGCUGGCGGAACGUGCACACUACACUUUGAUGACGUCAAGGUGCGGCGCCAACCCGCGAACACCGUCUUUAGCCUCUGCGCGUGGAACACCUACGACGCCUCGGUGUGCGCGACGCUGAACUACGUGACGGUGAGCACCAACUGCACAGUCAAGACGACGACGACGACGAAGAAGCCCGGAGGCGUGAGUGGGGGCGCGGUGGCUCGUGCCGCGAUCGGCUGCCUCUUCGGUGCACUGGCGAUGGUCGCCGGAGUCGCCCUUCUCUGUUGGUAUCACCACCACCAAAAAGUCGAGAAAGCGGCGGGGCUCAAAAGGAACGUCGACGUUUACAGCAACGGAGGCUCCUUCUACCGGGGUGAUUACGAUUUGUCGGCUGAGUGGUCCGUCUUUCUGAACCUCCCCCCGGACGGAAACAACUGCGGACGGUCGAACCGGUUGGGCGUCAGCACCAGCGCGGCCGAAAUGCGGCGCGACGUCCUCGCCGAAGCGACGGGUGGCAACGAUGACGCGUGCUCUAUCGAUUCGCAUGGCGCGCCGCUCGACACAAACUUCAUGGACGACUGUGAGGAGCUCACGGAGAAGUAUAGAAACUUUAUAUGUGGUGCUGGCCCGUGUGUGGAUGCGGAGAGCAUAGGCGACUUCCCUAUAGAAACGUUCUUGCGUCGCACCAAGCUCGACACGGAGGCACUCUGUGAAUUGGCGAAGCUGCGCAGUCGGACGUCGGCUGCUGGCGACCUUUCACAGCAGUGGAACGACAGGGUGCAGCGUCAUGAGCUGUUCUACAGCAUGGAGCGCACCAACCCAGCAGCGAAGACCUUCUACCUCUUCUACGAAGAGCAGAACUGUCGCCGCGACGCCAUCGAGAUCAGCGAGGACACCGCCUUCUUCAACAUUCGAACGCUGUUCAAGUCAUAUGCUGCGAUGAUGAAAGCGCAACACGGUGUGUUGCUCGCGCCGCAGCCGUCAGCCGAAGACAUCCUUGAAGGCGUCUGCAGCGAUCAAAACGCUUCUAUACUCUCACCCGAUAUGGUCAACGAAGGAGGACGCGAUUACUUACUCGAGAAGGCGUUGAUCGCGACAGGCGCUGAUCUCCUGCCCGUGUCGCGGCAGCCAGCUGAGAAGGCGGAAGAAGAGACACCGGCGCAGGCGCGAGAGAGGGUGUGGCUGUACCGGCACCGACGCGAGCUGGAGUUCCCGUGGGUGACGAACAACUUUCGCACACUCGUGGGCUACCGCGAGGACAACGGGGAGCAAUACAACUACGUCGAUUGGAGCCUCACGCUGCUCGACUUGCAGGCCUUCCACCCCUUGCAUCGGUGGUGGUCACCGCUGCUGCCGCGUGCGCUGCCGCCCUCGGCCGACGACGCGCGAGACCCGCGCUUCGCCUUCAUGCACGCCAAAUCCACCGUUCCGUUUGUGAGGCGGUACUUCAUGCUCUUCAAGGUCGAGUUUACAGAACGGAUACAGAUCGAGACGCAGGAGAUGAUCGGCAAGGCUGCGAUCCAGAUGCGGCUCCGCUGGUUUGCGAAUCAGUUCGGUCUUUCGGAGAUGCUAGAAGAUGAACCGGGCCGUGAAGGUAAUAAGGCACGGUCCACAGGAAGCGCAACCGCGGCUGGUGGAGCAAAUCCGCUGAACCGCGACGGUGGCGUUGUGUGUGACAAGCUGAAGGGCAUUGACAGCGAAUUGUCUCGCAGCGACAUAGGCGUUGAAGUCGUGUCUACCGGAGACUUCAGUGAUGAGGACAGCACUGUUUUUCCGUGA